AUGAUGAGGUUUUGUCGCAUUCUUUGUAGUCUACCUUUUGUACCGAUGGCUUUAUCUAAUUUUGAUACCGUAGAGCGCGCUGCUGCUUCUGCUUCUUCUUCUUCGACUACCACAGAUUCAUCAUUGCAUGUAGGUGCACCAGAUGGUCCACCAUACUUUAUCUCGCCGAAGCAUGACGGCGUGCGUAUUAUCUCGUACGUGGCUGAACGUGCUGAAUCCCUCAAAUCAACGUGUUUUUCACGCUUUGGGAGACCUGUUCAUGGCAUGUUUUGGAUUGAGGAGGAACUUUCUCUUUUGCGGUGGCUCUGCGGAGAUCCACGGUUGGUGUUGGAUGGAGAACUAUACAUUCAUAAGGAACCUGAUGCCUACUCAGUGAGUGAGAGUAGCGUUAAGACAGGGUUUCUGGCGGUGUCAGCAUUAGUGCAUCGUCUGCGCGGGCCGAAAUCUGCUUGUUCCUCUGAGGAGGAAGUACUCAGCUACGUUGCGUCGCUCCCCCGCUUCUGCGUGUUUGAUGUCGUUUCCUUUCAACCAUCUGAUGUGGUAAAUGUUUCGGACAACAGCAGUGGGCAAGGCCUGCCGCGGCUUGAGAAGGAGCGUGUGUCACUUCUUCGGGAAGCGAUGAAGGCCAACACUGUUCGGGAUUUGGAACUACUGCGUGUGAUUCCAAACCACUCCGUCUUUUCACAGCGACUGAAGGUGAUGCACUUUCUUAUGUCUCUCUUGCAUCGCGCCCGUACCUCUUCCAUUUUGUUUCCUGGCAGAACCGUGGGUGUCUCCGCCCCCCCGUCACACGCGAAGUUAAAGCGGCGAGGCGGCAACACGCCUGUUGCUGCGGCGGGGGUCACCAACCUUGGAGGGGAGUAUGUGCAGCUAAUUCCGUACUCGCUGCUUCACUCCCUCGGCGAGGCAAAGCAGGUGUACCUCAAUAAAUAUCUCGCAGGGGGGUACGAAGGGGCCGUCAUUCGCAGCGCGACAAACGUGUACGAGCUGAAGGAGAAGGAGAAGGGUGUCUUGACAGGGCUGCUGGAUCCACUUCUUUACAGUGGAGAACGCCUUGUUAUCGAUGGACGGCAGGCCGCCACGUGGUCGAGGAGGUCUGUGUUAGCGGCGAAGGCCCCGCCACUCCUUCGCACUUAUGCAAAAAAUGAAUGGACCGCCUUCAUGGGUGCUGGUGAAUGCUACGAGACGGAGGUUGCGGCCAAUGCAAAUGAGGCAGAGGAUGCGAAUCAUCAGGCAAUUGUGAAUGCGGCAGUGAAGCGGGCAAAGCAGAAUGGUCGCCGUAGCGUCACUGCUGUGAAGUUACUUCCGUUUUGUGACAAGGAGUAUGCAAUUUUGAAACCACUGCUGAAGAUUCCGUCAAGUAACCCGCGCGCCCGAAAACUCGUUAGCAUUCCACUGGAUUCGCUUCACGGCGGCCGCGAUGUGAUCACAGUCCCUCGGACAACUUUUGGGAGGGCCGCGUCUAAGAAGAAUGAAAAAAGCAAAGUGGUGGUUUUUUACGGCCUGCAGUGUCUUAGUGAUACAGGGCGCGUGUUUAGCGUUCCACUUCCCAAGAUGGAUGUAGCGAAGCAGCGGGAGUUGCUGGAUCACCUUUUGGAAGUCACAGGGGGGUCCAAGAAGGGUGGGAAAGGAAACAUUGGGAAGGUUGGCCCUCGCUCACUGACUGGCUUGUAUGCCACGGUGAAGUAUUCCUCCCUGACGGAGUACGGUAUUCCGCGCUUCGGUCAAGUAAAGGCCAUACGCGGAGGUAAAGGAUGGUUUUUAUGA